CAACUCUCAGAUAUUCAGGUUGGCUGCCUUAGAGGUAAACAUGACAGUCUGCCAACCCAAAGUGAUUUAGAAACGUUAAUAGAUUUUACCAAGCCCCAGUCUCUAGCAUGUGUAUUUUAAGCCAUCAUAAAACAUACCUGUCAUGCUAAGGAAUGUGCCGGAGGGCAGGCAUCAAAGACUGGCCGAGGGAGUCUGGGGAGUGUGUUUUGCAGUGUUGUAGGGUUGUGCCCUGACAACCUUGGUAAGGCCUCGGGUACUGGCAGGGAGUGGUUUCUAAAUAUUAAAGCCACUUUAUUUAUUAAUUCAGGAAUUUCUCUAGGUAGUUAUCCUUAUUUGCCCAUCUAAGUGUCCAGAGGCUCAGAGGUAAUUCUGUGGACAAAGAGGGUGAAGACAGGCUGAGCUGAAUCUGCUUGAGUUAGGGAACAAGUUAACAGAGCAAUCACAUGAGCAAGAGACGGUCUUUUGAGCUCAACGGAGAAGGGAGAGUGGAACAGAAAGACGCUCUGGACAUUCCUGACUUCUUUGGAAGAUAGUGGAGCGUAGCUGGCUCCGGGUGGACCGCCAUCCUCCGGAGGGCCGUGCUGGGCAUGGAUACCUUUCUCGGCGUCUGGAGGAGCACGUACCAUAGUGUCAUCGACCAGUCACGAAGCUGCUAAGGCCGUCCCAGGGACGUGGGCGCCAGGAGAGGAAGGCGGUGUCCGGGGGCCACAUCGCCAUGCCUUUCGGCCUGAAGCUCCGCCGGACACGGCGCUACAACGUCCUGAGCAAGAACUGCUUUGUCACACGGAUCCGCCUUCUGGACAGCAAUGUGAUCGAGUGCACGCUGUCGGUCGAGAGCACCGGACAGGAGUGCCUGGAGGCGGUGGCCCAGAGGCUGGAGUUGCGGGAGACACACUACUUUGGCCUUUGGUUUCUCAGCAAGAGCCAGCAAGCACGAUGGGUGGAGCUGGAGAAACCUCUGAAGAAACAUCUGGACAAAUUUGCUAAUGAGCCUCUGCUUUUCUUCGGAGUCAUGUUCUAUGUGCCAAAUGUGUCAUGGCUGCAGCAAGAGGCCACAAGAUAUCAGUAUUACCUGCAAGUCAAAAAAGACGUGCUGGAAGGACGGCUGCGGUGUACAUUGGAACAGGUGAUCCGGCUGGCCGGCUUGGCUGUGCAAGCUGAUUUUGGAGACUACAAUCAGUUUGAUUCUCAAGAUUUCCUCAGAGAAUAUGUGCUAUUUCCUAUGGAUUUGGCCCUGGAAGAGGCUGUUCUGGAGGAGCUCACACAGAAGGUAGCCCAGGAACACAAAGCCCACAGCGGAAUCCUGCCUGCAGAAGCUGAGCUCAUGUACAUCAACGAAGUGGAACGUUUGGAUGGAUUUGGACAGGAGAUCUUCUCUGUGAAGGACAAUCAUGGAAACAGUGUGCACCUCGGCAUUUUCUUCAUGGGGAUUUUCGUGAGAAACAGAAUCGGAAGACAAGCAGUAAUAUACAGGUGGAAUGAUAUCGGGAACAUCACUCACAACAAAUCUACUAUUCUAGUGGAGCUCAUCAACAAGGAAGAGACUGCCCUCUUUCACACGGACGAUAUUGAAAAUGCCAAGUACAUUUCUCGGUUGUUUGCGACACGGCACAAGUUUUACAAACAAAACAAAAUCUGCACUGAACAAUCAAAUUCUCCACCCCCCAUCAGACGCCAGCCCACCUGGAGCCGAUCCUCUCUGCCCCGACAGCAGCCGUACAUCUUGCCUCCCAUGCACGUCCAGUGUGGGGAACACUACUCGGAAACGCACACUUCACAAGACAGCAUCGUCCACGGGAACGAGGAAGCCUUAUACCGCAACUCCCACAACAGCCUGGACUUGAACUAUUUAAAUGGCACCGUCACCAACGGCAGCGUGUGUAGUGCGCACAGCAUCAAUUCACUCAGCUGCUCGCAGACGUUCGCCCAGGCCUCUCCCGUGUCCUCCAACCUCAGCAUCCCGGGGAGCGACAUCAUGCGGGCGGACUACAUCCCGAGCCACCGGCACAGCGCCAUCAUUGUGCCGUCUUACCGGCCGACCCCCGAUUACGAGACAGUCAUGCGACAGCUGAAGAGGGGGGUCCUGCCCACGGACAGCCAGAGCCAGUCUCUGCGAAACCUCAACAUCAUCAACACGCACGCCUACAACCAGCCGGAGGAUCUGGUGUACAGCCAGCCUGAGAUGCGGGAGCGGCACCCCUACACCGUCCCCUACGGGCCCCAGGGCGGCUACGGUAACAAGCUCGUCGGUCCGUGCGACCCGAUGAACCCAAAGAACUGCACGGUGCCGAGCAAGCCGGGGGCCAGCGCCAUCUCCCACACGGUGAGCACCCCCGAGCUGGCCAACACACAGCUCCAGGGCGCACAGAGCUACAGCGCGGCCCACAUGCUCAAAAACUAUCUCUUCAGGCCGCCGCCCCCCUACCCGCGGCCGCGCCCUGCCACCAGCACCCCGGACCUUGCCAGCCACCGCCACAAGUACGUCAGCGGCAGCAGCCCCGACCUGGUGACCCGCAAAGUGCAGCUCUCGGUGAAGACCUUCCAAGAGGACAGCUCCCCGGUGGUGCACCAGUCUCUGCAGGAGGUGAGCGAGCCCCUCACAGCCAAGCACCACGGCCCUGUGAAUAAGCGCCACAGCCUGGAGGUGAUGAGCAGCAUGGUGCGGGGCAUGGAAGCCAUGACCUUGAAGUCCCUCAACAUCCCCAUGGCUCGCCGGAACACCCUCCGGGAGCAGGGGCCCCCCGAGGAGGUGCCCGGGAGCCACGAGGCUCACCAGCUUCCCCAUUACCACCACAAGAAGACUUUCUCUGACGCCACCAUGCUGAUCCACAGCAGUGAGAGUGAGGACGAGGAGGACGAGGAGGUCCCGGGCUCGGUGCCGCAGAUCCCUGUGCUCCGGGAGAAGAUGGGGUACAGUGCCCAGCUACAGGCAGCCUUGGCCCGGAUCCCAAACAAACCCCCACCCGAGUACCCCGGCCCAAGGAAGAGUGUCAGCAACGGGGCGCUGAGGCAAGACCAGGUCGGCCUGCCUCCUACCGUGGCCAGGGCCAGAGUCCUGAGACACGGGCCGGCCAAGGCCAUCAGCGUCUCCCGAGCCGACCAGCUGGCCGUGGCCGGGCCUUCCCUCGGUCCGUCCAUCUCUGAACCCGACCUGACGAGUGUGAAGGAGCGGGUCAAAAAAGAGCCUGUGAAGGAGAGACCCGUGUCCGAGAUGUUCUCGCUGGAAGACAGCAUUAUAGAGAGAGAGAUGGCGCUCAGGAAUCUAGAGAAGCAGAAGAUGGCCACUCUGGAAGCACAGAAGCGGCCGCUCAUGUUGGCAGCAUUGAAUGGACUCUCCGUUGCCCGGGUCUCGGGGCGGGAAGACAGUCGAGCCGAUGCCACCCGAGUUCCCAUGGACGAGAGGUUCAGAACCCUGAAGAAAAAGCUCGAGGAGGGAAUGGUGUUCACAGAAUACGAGCAGAUUCCCAAGAAGAAGGCGAACGGCAUCUUCAGCACGGCCGCGCUGCCGGAGAACGCCGAGCGAAGCCGCAUCCGCGAAGUCGUCCCGUAUGAGGAGAACAGAGUGGAGCUGGUCCCGACCAAAGAGAAUAACACGGGUUACAUCAACGCCUCCCACAUCAAGGUGGUGGUUGGUGGGGCACAAUGGCACUACAUAGCCACUCAGGGACCCCUGCCACACACGUGUCAUGACUUCUGGCAGAUGGUGUGGGAGCAGGGAGCGAACGUGAUUGCCAUGGUCACUGCGGAAGAGGAAGGUGGACGAACCAAGAGCCACCGAUACUGGCCCAAACUGGGUUCCAAGCACAGCUCGGCCACCUAUGGCAAGUUCAAGGUCACCACAAAGUUCCGAACAGAUUCCGGUUGCUAUGCAACCACAGGCUUGAAGGUCAAGCACCUUUUGUCUGGGCAGGAAAGGACGGUGUGGCAUUUGCAGUAUACGGACUGGCCGGAUCACGGCUGCCCAGAGGACGUCCAAGGAUUUUUAUCCUACCUGGAGGAGAUCCAGUCGGUGCGUCGCCACACCAACAGCAUGCUGGAAGGCCCCAGGAGCCUGCACCCCCCCAUCGUGGUCCACUGCAGCGCGGGGGUGGGGCGGACCGGCGUGGUCAUUCUUUCUGAGCUGAUGAUCUACUGCCUGGAGCAUAACGAAAAGGUGGACGUGCCCGUGAUGCUGCGGCUGCUCAGGGAGCAGAGGAUGUUCAUGAUCCAGACCAUCGCCCAGUAUAAGUUUGUCUACCAAGUGCUCGUCCAGUUCCUCCAAAACUCCAGACUCAUUUAACCCCUCGACCCAGCUCCUGCAAGAGGACCCAGCUCCGUUGUGCAGACGGGGAGGCACCCCAGACAGCAUCUCCCCCCGAGGGGCGUGGAUGGCCAGAGCAGGCAGGUCAUGGGCUCCUGAGGACAGGAGCCGAGAGCAUUCACAAAACAUCAUAGAUUAUUUUAUAUGAGAUAAUUUAUUUUUUUCCCCUUUGGGAUAACUUUUGUGAAUCAUUGUAAUUCAGUUUUCACAAUAAUAUAGUACCUUUCAUUUGAACGAUAUUUUGACUGAUCUGCAUUGUAAAUAUGUCAGUAGGAAGGGCUGUCUGGUAGAUCAUCUGGAGGACAGAGGCAUAAAGCGAAGACAUCUCUAGUGAAGUUGCAGCCAGAUUAGUAACUGACCCUGAAAUUCAUCAGCCUCAUCUUCCAUCCAAAUCCAACAUGGCAAGAAAAUUAAUUUGUUCUAAAAUUAACAGAUAGGGGCCAAGGCCCUUCCCUGAAGGGAAACAACAACAACAACAAAGAAAACCCCACUAUUCUCUUAUAUUUGGGGGCUCAUGAGCCUUGAUGGCCAGUGGCCUCCCUUCUUCCUUUCUGCCCCCAUGCUCAGCAGCUCAAGUUAAAGACAGGAACAGCCAUCACCCAGGCUGAGCAAGGAGCUCUGUUUUGUACCUUUCUCAGCACUCCCUUCUGUUGGAGUCCGGAGCCUGUGCUCCCGGCCAGGGAAGCACCCGUCUCCACUACUGCUCCCUGUGUGCUCGGCGGGCCCCCGUCCGGUGGUCUUUGAGGCUCUGGGCCAGGCCAUCUGUGCAGCUAGGCCUCCUGCCUGAUUGAGAGAAGAUAAUGGACCCGAGUGGGAAGAGAAAGGAGACGGGUAGGCUCUUGAUAUCAUUUUUUAUUUAAAUAGGCUUUGUGUGCUGGACAGAGGCGUGAAGGUCGAGGUGCUGGGGACAUUCUGUCUUUCCAUCAGUCACCAAGUCAUUGGAAAUGCUGUAAAGGGAACAGUUGGAAAAGCUGAUUGAUGGGGGCUGUUUGGCACUCAGGUGGCGGGGCCCCGGCCAAGAAGCGCACUGGGAGGCCCCUCCCAGCUGUGCGGCUCUUGCUGCAGGCUUUGGCCUGCAGGAGCAGAGCUAAGCCCACUCGGGACCCUGUCCUCCACCUUUUGGCCACUGGAUGCAAGAUGCAGAGAUCUGUCUCACACAAAGCCCUUUACUGCUUCCUUGUUCUCCGUGCACCGCCCCCCCCGCCCCGGACACUUCACGGCUCGCCUCUGUGUGUCUCCUCCUGAGCCUACGCUGGUCAUUGUCCUGAAUUUCUUAGGUCAGUACGCGGCAAAUCGUGCCACACCUUUUCCCUCGAGCUGGAUUUUAGGACUUCGCUUCUCUCCUGUCUUAGUUCUUUCUUGAAUGCAACUUUCAAACCGUGGCUUUGUUCUUAGAAUUGGCAUUUGUGGGUGUCCCUUACAUAAGCUUUCCUCUGCUGCCGCCUUUUUGUUUUGAUUGCCCUGAGCUGAACAUGUUCAGAAAGAAUGGCAUCAGGUCAGCCAGGAAGAGCGAGCCGUGUGACCUCCGGUUACCCGUGGCCCCAGAGGGCGUGGAAGGGGAGUCCCGAUGAACUGCUUUGGAGCAGACGUCCGCUCCGUUUCACACUGGGCCGGGGGCUGGUGGCGGUGGUUGUCUCACUUAGACUCCGAGUACCUGGUGAUGGAACGGCCUACUCUCUUCUACUCCAAAGUCUGAAGCAUCAGUCAAGGAGGGUAACUUCAGCUAAGCUCUUGAGAUUGUAAAAUUCACGUGUGCGUUCUAGAAAAGGAAACCAUGAGUAUCCCCUACACUUUCAAUGGCACAGAGCUCCUCGCCCUCACCAGGAGACACCUGGAGCUUGGAUCAUCGACAGGCAAAGAGCUAUCUGUUUCCCUUCCUUGGACACUUUUCCAUCCUCAGGAUAGUCUGCCGUUUGGGAUGUUUUCGCAGUUAGUCUGCAGCUCUUGGCUUCCCUGAGGAUCAUCAGUAUUCCUGUUCUGUCUCUCCGGCCCCAGCGCGAGCACUGUGAGAUCGAGUCUCGCGUGGGCAGCACGUAGAGCCGCUGUCACUCUGUGCUAUGGGAGUCGUCGUUAAUGCACAUGAUGCAGGGAAGGGGUAGGUUUGCUGUCCAGGCCCCUUGCCGAAGUUUCUGUCGAAACCCAAAGGAAACCACUUAAAAGUUACUCCACAUAUUUCAUUUUUAAAAACAAAUGUUUUUGGUUCUGUCGCGCAUUCUGCAUUCAUUUUCCCCAUCUCCAGCGAAUGCCAGCACAGCUCCUGUGAAAUUAGCAGCAGGCAGCGAAAGUCCUUCUAGUGGCAUCUGCAUAAUAAUUGCACAGAGAUGCUUUAUAUCUGGGAAGGAAGCCAAGGAAUAAACCUUGAAGCAAAGUGUAUUAAAUUAGUUAUCUAGUUAGAGCUUUUGGACGGAGUUCCUGAUGAUGGAUCAAGUCUGAAGCUGGAGCUGUCGGGGUCUAUUUUUUCUGUUUGGAUUUGAAGAGAGAAAAUUAAAAAGGAGGGGGGAGAUAUCAUCUUGCAGCAAAGCCAUUCACCACUUUGGGGCCUCUGGUUUUUAAGUUUUCCAGUUGAAAUGUUUCAUUUCUGUGACCCGCACUCAUUCGGGCACAGCAUUUGUCCUUGUUUGCCGUGGUCCCUGGAUGGCGGGGGCUGAGUCUGAUGUCUUCAUCCUUGAGCGGAGCUUAGCUGAGCCUACUGGUUCUCUUGGGCUCUAAGGAGACACCACCUUUCAUAGGAUUUACAUUUAAUACACCUCUUUCCUUGGCUAAGAGGUAAAAGAGGAAUUGGCUGCAUUCGAGAGCGAUGCCAAAUGUUGAUUUCUUUAUAGGAGAGGAAAGAGGAAUGAGCUCCUCUUGCAACAGCAAGAUUGGGAAAGGGGAAAACCUCUCAACAUGGAAUAUUUUGAGCACUGUGCUUCCAGGGGGCUUAAACGGAGAGAAUUUUACUUUUACAAACUAUGAUCCUAAAUUUAGAUUAAGAAGAGGAACCAUGAUUUAUCUGUGAUUUGAUUUUUCCUGUGAUUUACAUCUCAUUGCUUGUCUUGGAGACUCACGUGGCUGUCUCCGGCCCCUUCUUCCCCCAGCCUGGUCGGAGGGGCUCUGUGGGCCCCGCCAAAAGGGUUCCUGUGGGACCCGACCACCGGCUUUCCUAGGACUCUCUCUUUUUUUUUUUUUUUUAACG